CUGAUUCAGCAAACACAGAGAGCUAGUGAUCCAAGAGACCCGGUACCCGGACCCUGCUAGACCGUCUGGCUAGUGAUGGCAAGGACAUGUACCACCUCUUUCCUCUACCUAGUGUUGGUGCUGCUACCUCAGAUGCUGUGGCUCCAUCACAGCAACCAUGGCUUGGUUGUGUGUGAGGCUUGUGGAUCAGUGAUGGAGGCAGCACUCAACAACAGAGCUAAAGCCCCUCCUCCCAGUCAUGUCAGUGACCAGUGUACUAGUGAACUACCCUGUAGUGAUGAUGCUGCAUAUCAAGAACUGAGUGAGGAGGAGUCAGACUAUACAAGAAUGAACGACACACACUACCCUAGCCUGUGCUCUUGUUCAGUGGCUGGGGCUGAGGGUAAAGUGUCUGAUGUGUAUAGUGAUGCUCCUAAUGGUGGAUGGAGCUCUCCUGGUGGCUACCCUGAUCUCUCUGGCCCCUGUACCAUAAGGAGAGUGGAGGCCUCUAGUCUAACACAGAGGGACUUUGAGUGGAGGUUUGCAUACACUGAGCCAGUGAUCAUAACAGGUCUACCAGGGCAGUCAGAUUUCAGAGCAGGUUGUUCCAAGUACAGACUUCUGAAGGAGUUUGGACAUGACAUCAUUACCGUGGCUACAGCCAACACCCACUCGUAUCGUAAAGAGAAAGUUUCCCUCUGUGAUUACGUGGAAACAAUGAUGGCUGCACAGACACUCACAACUCUCGGGAAUGAGACACUGUAUUAUUUUGGAGACAACAAUAGGGAAGAUUGGAGUUCUCUCUUCUCUCUUUAUACCCUCCCUCCAUACCAUGUACCUGAUACUACACCUGUCCUCAGCUUUGGUCUGGCAGGUCCUGGUUCUGGUGUGCCCUUCCAUAUUCAUGGGCCCACAUUUGCAGAGACUGUGUAUGGCAGAAAGCGCUGGUUCCUCUACCCGCCCCCUCACAGCCCACACUUUGACCCUGAUCAGACCACCCUCCACUGGCUCAAGCACACCUACCCUCAACUGGUUGCUAUGGAUACAGAGAGACCCCUAGAAUGCACCCUACAACCUGGAGAGGUGAUCUACUUCCCUGACAAGUGGUGGCACGCUACACUCAACCUGGACACAGCUGUGUUUAUGUCAACCUUCUACUCAUGACAACAAUUACAACUGAUAUAUAAUUAUAUAUAACUCAUUCUGUUGACAUUCAACAUCACGUGCACAAAUAUUAUAAUUGCUCUGUUAAAAGAGUUUAUUGUUCAUGAACUUGCUUGAACUGA